GACACUGCCGCUACAAUUAGGACCCCUCUACGGACGAUAGGGGCAACUGUUGCAAAACUCCCUGCUUUUGGAGGUUUUGCAACAGUGACCCAUAUAGGCUGCAUAUCACCCAACGGUUACACCGGCCAGGUUUCUUUCGAAGCCUGCAUAGAGAACAGAGGGUACGUUCUCCAGGUGCGCUCCGUAUGGAUGCGGGUGAUAUGUGCCACCUUAGCGAUAGCGUAUUGUUGGAAAGUUUAGUGAACAGUAUAGCCAACCGGGGGGCCUGAGGGCAAGCAGAAAGUGCAGUUCAAGCAAGAGCCAUUAGCCACUCGAUGCUGGCAUGAUCUCUAACCUUAAAUUUCAUCACAAGCUCCACUUUGGCGACCACAACAUCAGUACCUUCGUGGCUACCGAGUAGGGGAGUCUCCUUCAGCGGCCAAUCGCUCAUCAUCACGUCCAAAUUGGUGUGGCAGAUCUCCGAGUACUUCACAUUGAUCAGGUCCUCAUCAGAGCCUGAUUUGUAGACGGGAGCUUUCUU